AUGUCCGCCGGGCAGUCGGCUCUCCCCUCCUGCCCAGAACCAACCACUCGACCACCACGACCUCCUCCUCCGACGAUGGCCCAGCCAUCAGGGAUCCCCAACCCACGCCUCUCAGGACGACUGACGCCCAGCGGAAGACUCACGCCCCAACAGCAGCCCACCAGAAGCACAACCCCAGUCAUCCUCAGAAUCAGACCAUCCUCAUACGACAUCAACGUACCCUCCAGAUUCCAACGCACAGUCAUCACCCCAAUCAACGCCACCACCAUCGCCGUCGAAUCCCCCCCAUCCACCGCAGCCCCAGCCAAAUCAACCCAGAAAUUUACCUUCGACCGCGUCUUCUCCCCCGAGGAGGGCCAGCAGCAGGUAUGGUCAGCCGUCGAAGGCCUCAUCCACCGCUUCCUCGAAGGAUACAACGUCACCGUCUUUGCCUACGGACAGACCUCCUCAGGCAAAUCAUACACCAUGGGCACCGACCGAUUCACCGACGAACUCAACCACCAGCACAACGACCAACAGCUGCUCAACUCCAACCGCACCGGAAUCAUCCCACGCGCCACCUCCUACGUCGAGAUCUACAACGAAGACCUCAUCGACCUCAUCGCCUGCGCCUCAGCACCCCCCGGCGGCGCUAGUGCACUCCCCCAAGUGACGAUCAGAGAGGACAAGGACGGGAACAUCAUCUGGUCCGGGCUCAAGGAAGUCAAGGUCUCCCGGGCGGCCGAGGCACUCGAGCUGCUCGAACAGGGCAGCCAAGUCCGCCAGACCAACUCCACCGAGAUGAACGCACAGUCAUCCCGCUCACACGCCAUCUUCAGCCUCAACCUCACCCAGAGCAAACCCACAACAGAGGGCGAAUGGACAACCACCUCGAGCAAGUUCCAUUUCGUCGAUCUUGCCGGCAGCGAACGCCUCAAGCGGACGGCUGCCGUCGCCGAACGGGUCAAAGAGGGCAUCUCCAUCAAUGCCGGCUUACACGCACUCGGAAACGUCAUCUCGGCCCUCGGCGACCCCAGCAAAUCAAAGACAGCCACUCACAUCCCCUACCGAGACAGCAAACUGACCCGACUCUUACAGGACAGCUUGGGCGGGAACGCCCAGACGCUGAUGGUCGCCUGUGUGUCGCCCAGUGAACACAACUAUGCCAACCGGGCUCGGAAUAUCAAGAAUCGGGCACAGGUCAAUGCCCAGGAAGUCGGCUGGGAAGACGUCGAGUACCUGCAGUCGACCAUCAUCAAGUUGCGCAAGGAGCUGGCGAUCCUCAAGACCAGCACCUCGCCUCCCGACUUCAACCGAACGCUCUCGUCGAUCAACGAAGAAGACUCGGUACAGGACGAGCUGAGUCCGAAGUACCUCGACCUGAAGGGCUACUUCACCGAGCUGCAAGCCAAUGACCGAGCAGAUCGCGAAUUGAUGACCGAGUUCCACGAGCUGCAGGAGCGUUACGAGGCCACUGCAAGCGAACUCGACCAGGUGCGGGCCAAGUACAAUAACUCGGUCAAGGAGCUCGAAGACUUGACGGCCCAACUCGAGGACUCGCGUAGCUCCACCUCGUUCUCCAACCACGGCAUCCUGCCUGUCCGCGGCUUCGGCACACCUGUCACUUCUGGACGCACUUCGUCCAAGUACAUGGAGGGCAAGAGCAUCCGCGCGACGGAGGGCGACUCGCUCGAGGAACUAGCCGACGGCGGCGCACAGGAGCCCGCGGAGCGUGACCCCAGCUCGCAUCGGAUCUCGAUCGGCACGUCUCAACGACAGAGCCAUCGGAUCUCUCUGAACUCCGGAUCCCUCAUGCCACACGGCCGCUCCAUGUCUCUAUCGCACGACUCGUCAGGCCUCCCCGUCUCCACCCGCGGAAGUAUGAUGAGGGCCUCAUCCGACUCGCGCUCCGAGUCCGGCGCCCGAUUGCCCAACCCUGCCGGCGCCCCUAGCGGCGACCAGCUCACGCCCCAUGGCGGAGAGAGAAGCUACGAGAGCUUGCAGAAGGAGAUCUUGUUGAAUGAUGGGGAUGCGAGCGUCGUCAAAGACUCCCAGAACAUCAAGCUCUUGGAUAAUCUGAUGCGCUCCAUGGCUCAGAAGGAGUCGGCCCACUUGGAGCUGAUCGAAAACCUGAAAGAUAAGCUCCAAAGCACCAAGCGCCAGCACGACGACCUUGUCAAACUCUCCCGAGAUCAGGUCGUCAACAUGUCGUCGGAGAUCGAGUCCUUGCGGCUGAAGCUGUCCAAUCCUCCGACCCCCGAUCCGGAGGUCGGCAUUCGGCUGUCGAAGUUGGAAGAGCUGUUGAAACUCAAGGAGGAGGAGUCCGAGGGCCUGAAAGCCGAGUCCAAACGACACCUCUUGGAUCUCGAAGCCAAACUAUUGGAAGCCAAACAGUCUGAAAUCGAAGCUUUGAAGGCUGGACACGACUCGGAGGUCGAGCAGCUCAAGCUGGAGCAACGCGAGAAUCUGAACCGCUUGAUUGCGUCGAGCGAGGAGAAGCUGGCGGCCAAGCAGGACGAACUGCGACGACUGGAGGAGCAAUCCCAGGCGGCGCUGGAGUCGCAGGCGGAGAAGAUCCGGGCCGAGUUCGAGGAGGAGCGGAAGACGCUCGUGGCGAGUCGGAGCCAGGCGGAGGAGGAAGCCUUGCAGGAGCAAUCCAGCCGGUUCGACACGGAGACCCACCAGUUGUUGGACCAGCAUGCCCAGGCAUUCGAGACUCUCCAGGACGAACUCGGGGAGACGAUGAAGCGGGCCGAGACGAAGUUCGAGGCCCAGCUGCAGGAGCUCAAGCAGGCCCAUGCGAGCGAGGUGACCCGGCUGACGACGACGCUCUCCUCGAGAGCCAACCAGGGGAACAACACGAUGGAGAAGCUGAUCCGGGACCAUCACGAGGAACUGGACGAAUUGCGGAGCUCGAUGGGCACUCAAGUGGAGGAAGAGCGAGCCAAGUUCGAGACGGAGAAGGCCCGGUUGGGCGCCGCACAUGCCGAGGAGAUCAAGAUGAUGGAGGGGAGACACGAGGCUCAGGUCGCGGAGCUCAAGGCCGAGCACGAAGAGAUCCUCGUCGCCUCCCUCACCGAACUCGAUCUCCGUAGGACCCGCAAGUUCGAAAGCAAUCUCGCCGCGUUGCAGGACAAACAUCAGGCCGAGAUCGCCGAGAUCAAGCUCGAGCACCAGGCCCAGAUCCGGGCCCUCAGCCACGAAUCUUCCGGAGACACUCCUCCUGCGACGGAUGGCGACGCGACGGUCACGGCUCGGCCGGCAGACUUGGGCAAGAUGCAGAGCAGCUAUGAGGAGAAGAUCGAGAUGCUCAAGUUGCAGCAUCAGACUGACCUCACCGCGCUCGAGGAGAAGUUCCUCAUGUCGAGCUUGUCGGCCGACUUGCGCGAAGAGCGGCAGGCUAACCAGCGCAAGAUCGACCUCCUCACUGACGAGCUAGAUUAUUUGAAAGAAGAGGUCCAGAAACAUAAGGCGGCUGAGAGCCAGGACGCCACGAGCCGGGGGGAGGCAGCACAGAGCGAGGCGGAAGUCGAGUUGCAGGAGGCGUUGGACACGCUGUCGACGCUGGACAAGGCGCUGUUAGAGUCGCAAGCGGAGCGGGAGUCGUUGCUGAAGCAGCUGGAGGAGAUGAAGCGGACGCCGACGAGCGAGCAGCCUCCUCCUCAGACGAUGAUGAAGGAGCUGGCGAGCGGGAGCCGGCCGUCGCAUGACGGCUCGUACCUCAACGGCCGCUCCGGCCAGGGCAUGGGUGCCGACUCACCCUCGUUGCCGGGGCUGCGGACGCACCUCGGACUACCGGGCCUGAGCGGCAACUCGUCCAACGGGACGAUCCGCCGACCCGCCCGGACUAGCAACUCCUCCUCCCAGCUCAGCCACACUAACCAGAGCAACAGCUUCUCCGGUAGAGAGUCGCCCUCGACCUCCGUCGCUACUAGCUGUCUCGUCGACGCGGCCACCGUCGAUCCUCGGGUGCUCAAGAAGGUCGAGGAACAGGAGAGCGCGAUCGCCAAGCUGUCCAAACAGCUCUCGCAAUGCGAGAUGGAUCUCAAGGCAAACAUCGACCUGGUCACCAACCUGGAAUCAGCGCUGAACGAGACGGAGCGCAACCUGCGAAAAUCGCGGCUCCAGAUGAACGAGCUGGCGAAAGAGCGGGACAAGAUCGCGACGCAGAACGAGUCGUUGCGGAAGGAGCUGGCGGCGGCGACGGCGGAGGUCGAGCACGUGCGCACGAACGUCCAGGCCGAGAAGGCCCUGUUCGAGAACCAGCUCGGCGAGGAGCGCCGGGCCAAGGAGAACGCCAAGAAGCAGCUCGAGGCCCGCAUGGAGGAGAUGCAGACCUCCCGGAUGACCCGCAAGAGCAAGUUCAACUGCUUUUGA